AUGUCGUCUGAUACUGGAGAUAGGAGCAGCAGCAGCGCGCCGCCUACUACAUCAACUAUGACAUUUACAAAUCCGAAUCCAGGCAACAAUCCUACCAUUGCUCCAAAACCUAUUUCAGCACCACCAGCACAGCCAGCACCUACGACUACAAUUAAGCAAAAUCUGUCGGAUAUUCUUCCGAGUUUCUCACCACCACCGACAGUAACGCAUACAACUUCGAGUCCAGUCAACAAUCCUACCAUUGCUCCGUCUCCAAGCUCAGAAAAUAACGAUAAAAAUAAUCAGCCAAUUUCUCCUGGAAAUAAUCCACCUGCAUCAGUAAGUGCUAAUAAUACAAAUCAAUCCGUCCAGCAAACUAUUAAGGCCGAGAGUAAAAAUAACGAAUCAAAUUCCCAGACAAAUCCACAAAAUGAAAUGCCUACACAAGCAACUACUAAAAAUACUUUGCCUACUUCGCAGCAGCAAACUCAAAGUCCUAUUAGAUCACCUACCGUAAAAUAUAUUACAUCCACUGAGGCAACUUCCGCAACAAAAUUAAUUACUACCACUUUGGAUAAUUCUUCUGUGCAAAUAAUUACGACCGUUGUGCCUUCAUCAAAAAUAGUAGUUAUUGCGACAACUAGUAGUCCAUCUGAUAAUAGCGCUAAUUCAUUUGAUACGA